AUGCCAUGCAGUUCCAGUGCAUACAAGUGCAGUGUACAAGUGACUAUGCAACCAUGUAAGGGCAUACAUUUCUCCAAGUGCAUACAGUUCGAUUGCAAAGAGUCAAGUGCAUGGAGUCAACGCACGGCAAAUCGAUGCUUUCGGGCCAUCCCUCUUCUAGUUUACACUAAGGUUCUAUGGCUCCGUUACAUUGCGAUCGUUCGUAGAGGAAGUGCGAAAGUCUUCAUUCACAAGCUCCCGGACAAGUUGACGGCUUCCGGACAAGGUGGAGGAGGCCCUUUGAGCAUCCAGGAGCUGAAGGAUACGAUCGUGAAUUCCGCAGGAGCCAGCCGAAUCGCCGUUGGCAGCGUCUGUCACACAGACAGUGCAAAGGUGUACAAGAAGCUGGACUCUGAAGAGCCAUUGCCAUGUUUGUACAAUGGAGCCUUAGGAGGACCUUCUUUUGCUCAUUUGAAACUGCCAGAGUUCACUCGAAAGUUCAAGCUCAAGAUCUUUGAUGGGCGACAAUGGGUGGAAGAGAUCAGGGUUGGGGGCACCCAAAAGUUGGAUGGGUUCUUUGCAACCUUUCGAAGAGAGGUCGGCAAGCGUCCCAUCAACACCACGGGGCCUUCUCCUGCUACGGCUGAGGCAAUGGAGACACAACUUCAUGAGCGAGUGCGCACCUUUCAGUUUUUGCAUUGGUUUUCCUUUACGGAUGCUUUUCAAGUCUUUGCGGAAAUGCGCAAGCUUGAACGUGCUUCCGUUGGCUCCGUAACGUGGCCAAGCUUGGCUAGUUUUGGAAAGGGAAAGGCAAAGCCUUCCACUGCCCCUGAAACGAAAUCUGCAGAGGAGGUUCCUGCUGUUUUGGUGCCUCCUGCAGAAGAAUCGCCUCAGCCGCUUUCACUUUCCUGUGAUGAAGAGCACGAGCCAGUGUAUUCGGAAGGCGAGGACGUUCAAAGCGAACUUUUCGAUCCCGAAGAAGAAGAGCUUAUUUUUGACAACAAAGGGAUCAGAGUCUUGAACUAG